GACACAACCCGUACCGCGCAUGCGCAAAAUUAAACCGUGUGGCGGGGAAUCAAGACAACAAACUUUGUAGUUAGCUAACAGGUCGGCUGCUGUACAACUGAACAAGACUUGGCCUUCAAAGUCUGCUUUUUCGAAAUGGUUGAAGGUCCAGGGUGCACAUUAAACGGAGAGAAAGUCCGUUCAAAGGUCCAGAAAGGACAGAGAGUGAAAGAGAUGAGAGGCACUUUGAUAACUUCGGCGAGAAACAACUCGGAGGGAAAUGCCCUGCACGGUUUGUGUGGCUGUCAGUACACCGGUGUUGAAACUGUGGGCAAGGAGCUCUUCAUGUACUUUGGUCCAAGAGCGUUAAGAGUCCACUUCGGUAUGAAUGGAUCAAUGCGUAUGAACCCAGCUGAGAGGAAGGAUAAGAGUAGCUCCAUACCAGUGCUGGAAAUACGCCUGACUAACGACAUUGUGUGCUUCUUUGACAGCACUGUGGAAAUAAGGUUGACGGAGGACUGUGAGCAAAGGGUAAGGGCUAUGGAGAGUCUGGAUGUGUGCUCGCCCAAGUUCAGCUUCUCUCGCUCUGAGGAGGCAGUGAGGAGCCAAAGUAGCAGGAUGCUUUGUGACGUUCUCCUAGACCAGGCCGUCAUGCCGGGAGUCGGCAACAUCAUUAAAAACGAAGCCCUGUUUGACUCGGGCCUCCACCCAGCCGUGAAGGUUCAGCAGCUGACACACGAACAGAUCCAUCACUUGGUGAAGAUGACGCGUGACUUCACUCUUCUGUUUUAUAAGUGUCGUAAAUCUGGCUCUCCGCUCUACAAACAUUACAAAGUCUACAAGCGUCCCCAGUGCGGCCAGUGCUUUCAUGUCAUCACAGUCUGUCGUCUAGGAGACACUUUGACUGAAAAGAUACCGUCUUGCAUUCUUGAAAGACUGUUUCAUGUUUGGUCUGACAAGCUGCCGGUCCGAAACAGCCUGAUUGGCUGGGCCCACAAAGGGAGAACCAAUGAUAACGUGGCUAAGAAGGAGGAAGAAGACUGGGCCUGUCAACUGUGCACACUCAUCAACCAGCCAGCAGCAAAAGCCUGUGAUGCCUGCCUCACUCCAAGACCCGAGGUCCACCAAGACGACAUUAGCACUGAAGCAUCACCCUUCACUCCUGAUUUGAUUAAAUACCCCUGCACUGCCUUCAAGAAGCCACAAGAGGAGCUCAAAGUCAACUGGAGGUCUGCAUUCGGGACUUCAACCCUUGUUUUCUCUGACUUGAGCAAGAAGCCAAAGCCUGUAAACUCCCCACUCUCCCCAGCCGGCAGUCAUUUGAAUUCCUUGGCGGCAGAGCGAGGUUUAUAUAAAUACAGCGUCUGCCAAGGGACAACAAGCCCCAAUUAUGCCUCUGGUGGCUGGCAGAGGCAAAGUGCCGAGCUCUCCAAUGGGGAAUCACUGGCCUCCUACAGUCACCCAUCCAAGAAAAUGAGAAUUGAUCACAGUCCCUUUCCCAGUAACAAUGCUCAAAAUGGAACCCCCAACUCACGUACACAUAAAACAGAUACGACAAGCCGCAGCUCCUCCAGUUCUUCCAGUCCCAGCGCCCCUUGUUGUGCAACCCAUCGUCGCACAGCUGUCCUCAGAGUGGUCCACAAGGAGGGGGAGAAUAAGGGACGACAGUUCUACGCCUGCUCGCUUCCCAGAGAGACCAAGUGCAACUUCUUUGAGUGGGCUGACUUGCACUUCCCUUUUUGUCAACAUGGGAACCGUUGUUUAAUGAGGACAGUUCUGAAACUAGGACCCAACAAUGGCCGCAAUUUCUACACCUGCAGCUUUCAAAAGGGUAAACAGUGUGACUUUUUCCAGUGGGCAGACAAUGGUCCAGCGGUGUCCAUCCUGCCUGGCUGUUAAUGUGUUUUCACAAUGCAUUACUUCUCAGUGAAUCUCUGGUCCCUGUAAUUUUUAUAUUCUUAGAUAGACAUAGAAAGGGACCCGCUAACUCAUUAUUAUCCUCACAUGGGGGAAAAAAUGCAUGUUAUCAAGUGUCUAUUUGCAUUUUAUUUGUAUCCUCUCCUAUUGUGUCCAUCUGUUCAUUUUUUCUUUCAUGUUUCAAAGCUUUCACAAGAAAUAUGCAAUAAAGAACAUAAACAAAUGAAAGCAGCAACAAUUACACAAAUGUUUUCUUUUUUAAUUACAUUUUAAUUAUUCAUUAAAAACAUCAGACAUAAAAA